AUGGUACUUGGGAGACAAGUCGCCUCCAGCGAUUUAAUGUCGACCAAUCAAAACGCUUCCGUACAAGCACUUCAAUCAAUAAUUCGAAUUCUUUUAUUAUGGCACCAAUUUUCUUUCUUUAAUUCAACAUACAUUUACUUGCAUCUAACUUUUUCUGUUGAUCUCGAUCAGUUCAGAUCAAUCCAGCCAUCUUUCUUUCUGUUCAUAAUCUAUCUAUCGUACAAUCUAUCAAUCUCAGUAAGAAUCCCCCUCUUCCCCCCUCUCUCUACUUCUCUCUCUCUCUCUAUCAUCAGAGAGAAAGAUGGGAUUCUGAUUGAAUAUAUAUUUUCCUUUUCCUUCUUUUUCUUCUCUCUUUCUUUUCCUUCUUUUUUUCUUCUAUAUAUAUUUUUUUUCUUCUAUUUCCUGUUUUCUCUCCUUUUUCUCUUCUGUUUCUUUUCCUUCUUUUUUUCUUCUAUUUCCUGUUUUCUCUCCUUUUUCUCUUCUGUUUCUUUUCUUUCUUUUUUUCUUCUAUUUCCUGUUUUCUCUUUCUCCUUCUUUUUUCCUUCUUUUUCUUUUUUCUCUUCUCUUUCUUUUUCUUUUUUCUUCUUUUCCUUCUUUUUCUUCUCCUUUUUUUUCUGUUUUUCUCUCUUUUUUUUUUCUUUUUCUCUCUUUUUUUUUCCUUCCUGUUUUUUUUUUUCUUCUGUUUCUUUUCCUUUUUUCUCUAUUCCUGUUUUCCUUUUUCUUCUUCUCUUUUUUUCCUUCUUUUUCUUUUUUUUUCUUCUAUUUUGUUUUCUCCUUUUUUCUUUUUUUUCAAUUUUUUUCCUUUUUCUUCUUUUUUUUCUUCUAUUUCCUGUUUUCUCUCCUUUUUUCUUUUCUUCCUUCUUUUUUUCCUUCUUUUUUCUUCUUUUCUCUUUCCUGUUUUUUCUUUUUUCUUUUCUCCUUUUUCUGUUUUUCUUUUAUUUUCUUUUCCUUCUUUUUUUCUCUUUUUCUUUUCUAUUUUUUUUUUUCUAUUUCUUUUUUUUUCUCUUCUGUUUCUUUUUUCCUUCUUUUUUUCUUCUUUUUUCCUGUUUUCUCUCCUUUUUUCUCUUUUUCUUUUCUUUUCCUUCUUUUUUUCUUCUUUUUAUUUCCUGUUUUCUCCUUUUUCUUUUCUUCUGUUUCUUUUCCUUCUUUUUUCUUCAUUUCCUUUUUCUAUUCUUUUCUCUUCUCUUAAUUUUUCUUUUUUUUCCAUUUCUUUUUCUUAGAUUUCUUUUUUUCUUUUUCUUUUCCUUUCUGUUUCUCUCUUUUCUUUUGUUUUUUCCUUCUUUUUUUUUCUUCAAAAAUUUCCUAUUUUUCUUAAUUUUCUUUUUCCUUUUCUCUUAUGUUUCUUCUUUUUCUCUUCUUUUUUUUCCUUUUUUUUUCUUCUAUUUCCUGUUUUCUCUCCUUUUUCUCUUCUGUUUCUUUUCCUUCUUUUUUUCUUCUUUUUCCUUUUUUUUCUUUUUUUUUUUUUCAUUUUCUUCUCUUUCUUUUUUCCUUCUUUUUUCUUCUUCAUUUCCUUUUUUCUUCAUUUCUUUUUUCUCUAAUUUCUCUUUCUUUUCCUUUCUUUUUUUUCUUCUAUUUCCUGUUUUCUCCUUUUUUUUUCUGUUUCUUCUUUUUCUUUUCUUUCUCCUUUUUCUUCUAUUUCCUGUUUUUUCUUCAUUUCUUUUGACACCUUUUCUCUUCUGUUUCUUUUCCUUCUUUUUUUCUUCUAUUUCCUGUUUUCUCUCCUUUUUCUCUUCUGUUUCUUUUCCUUCUUUUUUUCUUCUAUUUCCUGUUUUCUCUCCUUUUUCUCUUCUGUUUCUUUUCCUUCUUUUUUUCUUCUAUUUCCUGUUUUCUCUCCUUUUCUUUUUUCUCUUUUUCUUUUUUUUCCUUCUUUUUUUUUCUUCUUUUUCCCUCUUUUUCUCCUUUUCUCUUCUCUUUCUUUUCCUUCUUUUUCUUCUAUUUAUUUCCUCUCUUUUUCUUCUUUUUUCUCCUUUUUUCUUUUUUUUCUGUUUUCUCUGUUUUUUUUUUUCCUUCUUUUUUUCUUCUAUUUUUUUUCUUCUUUUAUUUCUUUUUUCCUUCUUUUUUUUCUCUCCUUUUUCUCUUAUGUUUCUUUUCCUUCUUUUUUUCUUCUAUUUCCUGUUUUCUCUCCUUUUUCUCUUCUGUUUCUUUUCCUUCUUUUUUUCUUCUAUUUCCUGUUUUCUCUCCUUUUUCUCUUCUGUUUCUUUUCCUUCUUUUUUUCUUCUAUUUCCUGUUUUCUCUCCUUUUUCUCUUUUUCUUUUUUCCUUAUGUUUCUGUUUUCCUUCUUUUUUUUCUUUUUUUUCUUUUUCUCUAUUUCCUGUUUUUUCCUCUUUCUUUUCCUUUAUUUCCUGUUUUCUCUUAUUUCCUUUUUUUUUUUUCUCUUCCUUUUUUUCUGUUUCUUCUUUCGUUUUUUCUUUUUUCUUUUCUGUUUUUCUUUUUUUCUUCUAUUUCCUUUUUCCUCCUUUUUUCUCUCCUUUUCUCUUUUUUUUUCUUUUCCUGUUUUCUUUUUUCUUUCCUUUUUCCUUUUCCAUUUUUUCUUUUUUCUUUUUUCUCUUCUCUUUCUUUUCCUUCUUUUUUUCUUCUAUUUCCUGUUUUCUCUCCUUUUUCUCUUCUGUUUCUUUUCCUUCUUUUUUUCUUCCUGUUUUUCCUUUUUUCUUUUUUUCCCUUCUUUUUUCUAUUUCUUUUCUUUUUUUUCCUUCUUUUUCUUCUUUUUUCCUGUUUUCUUUUUUUCUCUUAUGUUUUUUUUCCUUCUUUUUUCUUUUUCCUGUUUUCUUUUCUCUUUUUUCUUUUUCUCUUCUUUCUUUUCCUUCUUUUUCUUCUGUUUUUUUAUUUCCUUUUUUUCUCUCCUUUUCUCUUCUCUUUCUUUUCCUUCUUUUUUUCUUCUAUUUCCUUUUUUCUCUUCUUUUUUUCUCUUCUCUUUCUUUUCCUUCUUUUUUCUUCUUCUUUCUUUUUUCUCUUCUUUUUUUCUCUUUUGUUUCCUUUUUCUCUUCUUUCCUCUUCUUUUCCUUUUUUUUCUUUUGUUUCUUUCCUUCUUCAUAA